CCAUUAACGACGAUCCCAGUUCAUCUGCAAAAUGGCUAACUAUCUCGCCUCUAUCUUCGGUACCGAGCAAGAUAAGGUCAACUGCUCAUUCUAUUAUAAAAUUGGCGCUUGCCGCCAUGGCGAUCGCUGCUCGCGGAAGCAUGUGAAGCCAUCCUAUUCUCAAACAAUUCUCCUGCCGAACAUGUACCAGAACCCAGCGUUCGAUCCCAAGAACAAAAUGAACCCUAGCCAGCUACAGAAUCACUUUGACGCAUUCUACGAGGACUUUUGGUGCGAAAUGUGCAAAUAUGGCGAGCUAGAGGAGGUGGUUGUCUGUGAUAAUAACAAUGACCACCUGAUCGGCAAUGUCUACGCUCGGUUCAAAUAUGAAGAUUCUGCACAAAAUGCGUGCGAUGCAUUAAACUCCCGCUGGUACGCGGCACGGCCCAUAUACUGCGAAUUAUCACCUGUGACGGAUUUCAGGGAAGCCUGCUGUCGAUUAAACAGCGGCGAGGGAUGUGUUCGUGGAGGCUUUUGUAAUUUUAUACAUCGUAAAGAACCGAGUGCGGAGUUGGAAAGAGACCUGGAGCUAUCGACCAAGAAAUGGCUGAAAUUGAGAGGCAGAGAUGAGCGGAGUGUGAGCCGCAGCCCCAGUCCGGAACCGAGUAAGAGGAGACAUUAAAAUUAUAUCCACGCUGGAUUCUGGUGAUGUCGUCGUAUGACGGAAGUCCGGGCCGUUUUGUGUGAUGACAAUGUUGAUAGGGCGGUAUGGAACUUGGGCAAGGCGUUCAGGCGACGGAAUUGCACGCCUUUCGGCUUUCGGUUCAGGGGCAAUUUAAUUAAGAGCGCCGAGUAUGUUUUAUGCAGCGAAUGGUACUGAGUGCUUCACAAUAAUGUAUGUAGCUUUCGACAUCUUCCCAGGAGACCAGCAAUGUGCCUUGGUACUUGACGG